AUGGCAGAUCGCCGCGUCGGAGUCGCGCCUGGACCGAACGCGUCUCAAUUGAUUUUAGUCGGGUUGGUCCCUAUAGCAUUAAUGGGGUUCGCGAUCGCCGGGGCUUGUAUAGGCCAUCUAGCAAGUACAAUGGAUAAAUCAUUAAAGGAUGAUUAUAUCCGAGCGUACCUCCACCGUCAGAAAGCCCAUGUACAUUCCUAUUCUUCUCAGGGGCUCGAACUUCGUCACCUGUCAACAACAUUCAACGAGACACCCGCAAGGACACCGUCGAAAAAGCUGAACUUUGGGUUCGACACGCCUAUACUUGUCCCCCGCGUGACAGAGCUCAUUGAUAGUACGGACAAAUGCUCAGUCGUAGAGCUCCCCGCCAAGGCAACGCAAAGGACCCGAAAGACUCAAAAGGCACUUGAUAAUGAAACCUCGGGAAAGAAAAACAAAGGCACAGCGCGUGCUUCGCCCGGCACCACUCAACGUGAUCCGUCCAAGCGGAAACGUAAGAAGGCUGAAGUCCUGUCUGGUUCUGACGAAGAACGUGAGGCUAGACUAAGCGAGCGUCGAGAACGGAAACGCGUAAAGCGCGAUAUCGUGAAACCAGACGCCAAUAUUGCAGUGCAUAGCUCUCCAGCAAGUGGAAAAAAAUAUAAGAAGGCUGUUCGUAAAAAGGGAAAGAAACACUCGGGCAUAGGGUUUGCACUUUUGCAUGGAUUCUCAGCGACCAAUGUUGGUAAAAACCGCCUCACGUUAAAACCGUUGGCAUCUCUUGGAGUGUUCAAUAAGGGUAAAUCAUCCACUAAGACUAAGGUACACAACGCCAAACAGCCAGUCCAGAAGUUAUUUUCAGAAUCGGCGUUUCUCGAGAAGACGACCAAGCAGCACGAGUCUCUGGUGGAUGAGGCAAUUAUGCCCGACUCUUCCUCCCAACCACCCUCUCCGUCUCCGAGGAAGAUCAAGAUCACGAAUUACCGCAAAGACAAGAACUCGACUCGUUCUACAAGCCGCCAUUCUGCGGUUCCGGACCUUCCUAGAGGAAGCCCAGCCGUGUCGGAGACAUGGGAUAUCGAGCUUCAAAGCCAAUGUCCAUCUUCAGACGGCUUCCGUCCUCGGUCAGACAUCCACACAGCUGGGUCGCUAGUACUCGACCCCCGUAUGGCCAGUUGGCACGAUCAGGAGAUGUUGUCUAAGGGCCAGGCGAAAUGCUCUUCCCUCAUAAUAACUCCAGUGAAGGAAAUGUCUCAUGACUCUCCAACGUCUGCUAUCGCAACCAUCUACGAUCUUGACGGCGACUUGUCUAUUCACCCCUCUCAUUCUGCAUCCCAGGUUGGCCUCAAACGACUUGAUCGUCUAAAUUCUCCUGUCGAGCCUCUCACUUCCAAGUAUUUUGCUGUACAUGCCAAUCAUGACACGGAGCGUGUAUCACCGACGUUCGAUCAGCCGCACUCCGUAGACUGCAAUCUGCGCAAUGUAUAUCCCCUCUCUGUUACCCAUCCGCAUGACUCAAGCACAAUGCGCCGCGCCGCUCCUUUGAACGCCAUUGUCGACAGCAGCCCUCUACACGUUCACGGUAUCCCCGAGCAGCAUUCCCUUCCCUUAGCUGACGACAUUAUCCCCACUUACCAAGGUUACUCUGCCGCACAGUCUAGUUGGUCAAACGAGGACGUUAUUUCGGCGUGGUACGCCACACACGAAUGCACGACCGUCCUUUCUGAAGGCGACUCUAACUAUUAUAGCCUUCAAGACCAUGACUUAGUGAUUCUGGAACCUCCACAUCUUGUCGAUGAGCCCAGUUACUACCUUCCAGUGCAGGACUACUCAAGCGACGGGCUGCACGACAUCUCGGUGGAUGACAUGGUCGUGCUUGACGAGGCAUUCGAAGCUCCCGAGCAACUCAUCGAGUAUACAGAGGUGGACGACUACGAAUACUCAGACGUCGUACUCGGACAAUCCUCAUUAUGUUACGGUUCUUUCUCUUCGCCCUCCCGCUCUCACGCGACAGCCGGGGCAUACGACAACACUUUCUGCUCGCUACGCCCGUUCUUGCAAGGUAGGGCGAUGCUACUUGGCAUCCCCCCGUACGUUCCACCAGCACAGGACUUUGAACAGACGAAAAUUGGGAGUGGUUUGCUGUCAGCUGAAGUGGAUGUUGCAAAACAUUUGAAAGAUCAUUGGCGGCCACAUAGAUUAUGA